UAGUUAAACUUUAAAUGGCACACAUCCGGUAGUUAGUUUCAUCACUUAAAAUUGUAGAGCUAACCAGUCUUUGUCCUUGGUUUGCUUAGCUCAUCGUGCUCCAUCAUCUUGUCUAUCAGUUAUGAUACUCGUGUUUAGGCAAAUGUAUUCCUGUUUAUAAUUGAUUAUGAGAUCAUACGAUGUAAAAUGGUGUGAUACGUAAGCCGACGUUGUGUGCAACGUUGUGAAGACGGAACACAAUGAUAACACUCGGUAGCAAAUUACUCAAAGCUCUGCAUGACAACCUUCGGUAGUUCUUGCUGUUUUAGAAUUUGUGAUAUCAAAUCUCCUGAAGGAUGAGGAAUAAUCUAAACAGUCAUAUAUACAAUACUAGAGAAAUGGUUUCAGGAAUUGAGAACAAGAAUUUAUGGAACCAAUUUGCAAAAAGGAACAUGUUUACUGGGAAUUAAUCAAGAAUUCUACGUUGUAAUAUCAUUAUAGGCUGGUCAGAGCAAACCUCUCUAUAAAAUGGCAAGUAAUACACAGGUGUGUAAUGAUACCUCAGAGAAAAUAGAGCUAUAUCAGCUCCAGGGUUUGUACCUUAAGCCUCUCGCUAAACUAAAUGUUUGCGUUCAGCUUCCUCAGUUGAAACAACCAGGUAAAUCUAUCUCUAACUGGGAGGUGAUGGAGCGUGUCAAACACAUGGCAAGACCUCACUCUUUCCUGACAUUGAAAAUAAUCAAAAGUACCCUCGAGUUUAUUCGACUGGAAGGUGAAACAGAAACUAAAGCUUUGGUCAAAACACUCAUUCAGAGGCUGGAUGCAAAGACUAUUAAGUUGAGUGGUUUUCCUGAUAUUUUGAAGGUCAAAGCAGCUGAGGCUAAGGUCAGCUUUCCUUUACGUCAUGACUGGGACUCAUAUUUCAGAGAUGCAAAAAAUAUGAAUGAAAUGAAAUCUGGUGAAAGACCAGACACAAUUCACUUCAAAGAUCUGCCAACCAGAUGGUUCUCUUCCCAUAGAAGCAGGGAAAAUGAUAAGCCAAGUGAACAACUGUUAAAACGUAUCUGGGAAGGGUUUGGUGAGGUUCGGUGUGUUGACAUCCCAAUGCUUGAUCCAUAUAGGAAGGAAAUGACCACUUCCACAAAAUCUGGUGCCAUUCAGACAUUCACAUAUGGACAAGAUUUGACCUUUGAGGCUUUUGUGCAGUUCAAGGAAUACAUCGGUUUUGUUAAAGCUAUGGACAGCCUUCGUGGAAUGAAGGUACUCUAUAUAGGGGAAGAUGACAAGGCUUAUACAGCCAAUAUCAAGGUGGAUUUUGACAAAACAAAGCAUCUCUCUGACAAAGCCAUAAAAAAGCGUCGCAUAGAAAGAUGGAAGUUGGAACAGUUGGAAAAACAGAAGGAAGAAAAAGUGAGAAAAGAACGAGAGGAAGAGGAAAGAAAACAGGAAGAAGAGCGGAGAAAAAAAAAGGAAGAAGAGGAGGAUAAGGAACAAAAACGAAUCGAAAAAAUACAGAAAAAGGAGGAAAGGAGGAGAAGUAGAGAAGAAAAAAGGAAACUCAAAACCUUGCAAAAGAGGAAAAGGGAGGAAGAGAAGAAAUUACAGCUUAAGAUAGCUUUAGAGGAGAGAAAAUUUCUUAUAGCUCAAAGAAAACUGGAGUCAAUACGCCUCAUGUCUGAGUUGUUCAAUGCUGUCAAGAAAAUCAAGGUGAAAGAAGAUCUUGAGAAGCAUGAGAGAGAAGCAGAAGAAAUGAGAAAGAAAGAGAUUGAACAAGAACAGAUUCAAAAGGAACAGGAAAUGAAGAGGCGGAUAGAGGGUCGAAAAAGAAAGAAAGAACGUCUGGAAAAGCAAGAACAUGAACUUCGAAACAAAAUUCUUAAAAACUGGAAAGUUAAAGAAGAGAAACAGGAGGAAUUUCAAAGGGAAUCUUUACGCAAAAAAAUGGCUGGUAAAGGGAAAUUGAAAAGUGCUGUGGUAGUGAAAAAGUGAAACAAACCGGAAGGAGCAUGAUGCUCUGACUGAGGAAUGUAGCCAGGCAGCUGUGAGGUGUGUUAGUGAACAGAUGUACUGGUCACUGAGGAAUGUAGCCAGGCAGCUGUGAGGUGUGAUAGUGAACAGAUGUACUGACUGAGGGAUGUAGCCAGUCAGCUGUGAGGUGUGUUAGUGAAUAGAUGUACUGACUGAGGGAUGUAGCCAGUCAGCUGUGAGGUGUGUUAGUGAAUAGAUGUACUGACUGAGGAAUGUAGCCAGUCAGCUGUGAGGUGUGUUAGUGAACAGAUGGACUGACUGAGGGAUGUAGCCAGUCAGCUGUGAGGUGUGUUAGUGAAUAGAUGUACUGACUGAGGAAUGUAGCCAGUCAGCUGUGAGGUGUGUUAGUGAACAGAUGGACU